AUGAUAGCUGCUGCUCUUCUUCUGGCUGCAGUGGCCCCUGUCCUGGCAGCCCCAAACACCGACGCAGUGUCUGUUUGCCAGCACCUACACACGGUUUACCCCCAGUACACCGUCUGGGACCCCACAGGCACCUACGCAACUGAAACAUUCUGGAAUCAGUCUUACUACAACAAUGCAGUCAAGGAAUACUGGAACGGCGUGAACGCUGACAACCGUCCGGCCUGCGCCUUCUUCCCUGCAAACGCGCAACAUGUCUCCGUCGCAGUUCAGCAGCUGAACAAAUAUCCCACUGCACCCUUUGCAUUGAAAGGAGGCGGUCACAAUUUCAAUGUGGGGCUCUCAAGUACCAACGGGGGCGUCCUUAUCUCGUUCAAUGAGAACCUGUCCUCAACCACCCGCAACUCAGACGGCCAGACUUUCGACGUCGGGCCUGGAGCCCGAUGGGGCGAUGUCUACGCUGUCACGGAGAAGACGAACCAGGUCGUCGUAGGAGGCCGAUUGGCUAAUAUCGGCGUAGCAGGGUUUACGAUUGGGGGAGGAUUGUCAUACUACUCAGCUCAAUAUGGCCUAUCCUGCGACAACGUGGUCAACUUCGAAGUAGUCUUAGCAAACGGCACCAUCGUCAACGCGAACAGCACCUCUAAUCCAGACCUCUGGUGGGCCUUGCGCGGCGGCGGCAACCGCUAUGGCAUAGUUACCAAGUUCACAUACCAGGGUCACCCACUCGGCGACAACGGGCAAGUCUGGGGCGGCAUUCGCUUUUACAGCGCCGACAAACGCCAGCAAAUCUUCGAAGCUCUCUCCAACUUCACAAGUGAAUACCCGGACGCCAAAGCCGCCGUCAUCCCAACAUUCGACUUUGGCUUGCCCGGAGCGAUAGUCUCCAACCCAGCCGUUUUCUUCUUCUACGAUGGAGCGAAGCCCAGCACUAACGCCUUCGUCGGUCUCGACAACAUCGAAGCCCUGAUCGACUCUACAAAGACCACCACCUACACCGAUCUAACGAACGAAGCAGGCGGAGCCAAGAUCUACGGCAUCAACGCUGCCAUUCGUGUCAACACAUUCCCCAACAUGCCGUCCCAGCAGAUGACCCAACUGCUUGAAAACCACUGGGCUACCUACCAGUCCAUGAUCAAGAACGAUUCCUCCAAGAACUUGGACAUCCAGAUCGGCACAUUUACCCCGCAACCGCUGUCAGUGCGCAUUGCUCGUGCUUCCAACAAGGCCGGCGGUAAUGCUCUCGGCCUGGACCCUGCGAACGGUGAUCGUGUCUGGAUUGAGAAUGACUUGAUCUGGGUUAAUCCGGUUUGUAAUGAUGCUUGUCCGGAGUAUCUGCGCCAGGUGGGUGAUACUGUGAAGGAGGCAUUUAAUAACACGCUGUUGGGAACUAAGCCGACGAAUUAUCAAUCGGGUGAUGUGGAUUGGAUCUCCUCUAAUCCUCUCUUCAUGAACGAUGCCGCCGACUACCAAGACGUAUAUGGCAGUUAUGGACCAACGAACGAGGCGCGACUGGCGAGUAUUGCCAAGGCGUAUGACCCGACUGGGUUCAUGUUCCGUCAGGGCGGAUGGUCCUUUUAA